CAGCUAGCGUGGACGUAAGCCCGAUUCCGAGUACUUCGAGGACCCACACCCAACCCACACUCCACCAGAUGACUGGUUUAAGGACCAGGGUAACUAAGUCCACGUCUGAAAAAAUAACCAACGGCCUGGCUCACUGGAUUGCACGCGACUGUAGACCACUUGGAGUGGUUGAAGAUAAAGGCCUGCAAAAUGUACUACAGAUUGCGUCGUCUGACACAACAUACGAGCUGCCAUGCAGAAAGACAGUGACAAAAAGAGUCCAGCAGCUUUAUGACACUGAAAAGGCAGAUAAAGAGAAUUUAUUGGAGAAAGCCGAGUGUGUUGCCCUGACUGGGGAUCAUUGGACCUCGGUAAGCAAUUCAAAUUACCUCGGUGUGACGGCACACUUUAUUGACGUCAAGUGGCGUCUUCACUCAUUUGCCUUAACUAUCCAGAAGACCACCGCUAGGCACUUUGCUGAAAACGUGGCAGAAGAUUUUGAGUCCGUGGCAGAGGCAUGGGAAAUCACACAAAAAGUCACCACAAUCGGAACAGACAGUGCCCGAACCAUGAUGGCUGCAAUGAGACAGCUCACAUUCCAACACAUGCCGUGUGUUGCUCACGUGUUGCAGAGGACCAUCACAGUUUGCCUUGCUGACAGCGGGUUCACAGCCACAUUGGCAAAAUGUCGUAAAAUAGUGGGGCAUUUUAAACACAGCCCCUCAAACACAGAGGAACUGCACAAGGAGCAAACACAACUAGAACAAGACAAAGAGCCACUGAUACAGGAUGUUUCCACAAGGUGGAAUUCAACACUGUUUAUGAUCUCUCGUCUGCUGCGGAAUCAAGAGGCUGUGAAGCUUACUCUAGCCAAACAAAAGCACAAGCUCACCAUGUUAACAACAGCAGAGUGGGACAGACUGCAGAGGCUCGAGACCCUCCUUAAACCAUGCAGAUAUGUGACUGAGCUCCUUGGGGGGGAGACUUAUGUCUCGUGCUCUGUUGUGUUACCUGCUCUCCGCCACCUGACCCACAUCAUGGAGGUCUCAGAUGAUGACCCAGCCUAUGUGGUGAGGUUCAAGGGUGACUUUAAAAAGGACCUGUCUCAACGCCAAGAUACCCUCAAUCUUGGAUGGCUCAGGGUGGCUACAGCACUCGACCCCCGCUUUAAGGACCUAAAGUGUCUACCAAGAGGAGAGCGAGAAGGGGUGUGGACCAGCAUUGAGGCACUGCUGCGAAUAGAACCAAACAGAGCCACUCCAGAACCCACAGAGGAGCCAGCAAGGAAGAGGAGCCUCCUACUGUUUAAUUCAGACUCUGAAUCAGAGGAUGAAGAGGCGCACAAAGUGGCUCUGGCCCGCUACAGGGCAGAGCCCACCAUCAGUGAGACAGACUGCCCACUGCAGUGGUGGUCCACUCAUGAGGGAGCCCAUCCACAGCUUUCUGCCCUGGCCCGCAAGUAUCUGGGCAGCCCUGCCACUUCUGUCCCUUGCGAGAGACUUUUCUCACAGGCAGGCAACAUUGUUCAAAAGAAAAGGGCAGCCUUGAGCUCUGAAAAUGUGAACAGGCUAGUGUGUCUCAGCAACUGGCUAAAAGAGAAGGAGAAGUAGUAGUCAUAGAUGUAUCCUGAGGCCAAUGGGGUUGUUGUUACUGAAAUGUUGAUUAAACAGUGGCCUAAGCAAAGGAAAGAUUUAUUUUUCAUCAGGAUAUUGGAAGAAUAGGGACUGAGGUCAAUCACUGGCACUUUUUUAUUUUAUUUUAAAUGGUACACUUUUUGUUGAACUAUGCAUUAUGUUGUUGGUGCAGCUGGCACUUUAUGUUGAACUCUUUAUUGUUUUGGCCAAGGUUAUUGAGAGUUGGACUGAAAUUAACUUUCUUUUUUAACCAGCUGUUGGUAAAUCAACAAAGUCUGUUAUGGCCUCUGAAGCAACAGAGAGAUGUUUUCUAAUAGUCAGGGUUUCUAAUGUUCUGACUGAAUUUACUUGAAAGUUUUGUGUUUUACUUAAAAAACAUAGUUUACAAAAGGUCUACCUACCUAUAGGCUGCCUGAAGUUUUGAAAUGUACUACAUUUCUUUCUAAAUGUGUUAUUGCUACACUUAAUGGCAAAAAUUGCACUAGUCUGUUGGACUUGGUUGAACAAAAAUAAACAAUAUUUUGUUGCUUAAGCUUAUGUAUUCAGUCAUUAUUCAAUGGUAUACAAAAACUCCAUGUGAAAAAAAUAACUUCUCACUGUUCUCAGGUCAAAUUUUAAUAUGCAAUUAAAAUGCGAUUAAUUUCGAUUAAUUAAUUACAAAGCCUCUAAUUAAUUAGAUUAAUUUUUUUAAUCGA